GCGAUUGGCUUCGCAGUCUUGGGCUACCUGGACCAAAAUCUGACGUCUGUGAUUGUGAACAGGCCUUCCAACGGCCUCUCCAAGCCGCCCGGUUAUCAUCUUGACCUGUUCGUGCGUGGAGCGCUGACUCUGCCCGCCUGUGCUGUGCUCGGCCUGCCGCUUUCUGUGGCCUCGACGGUGCCAAGCAUUACGCAUGUGAUCUCGCUGACCACUUACGACGUGCAGCAAAUGCCAGGUGGGGAGCGCAAGGUGCCUACGAAGGUGGUGGAGAAUCGUCUGACGAACUUCCUCAUCCACAUCCUGGUUGGUUGCGCUCUCUUCUUGGCACCUGCGCUCAAGUUCUUGCCGCGCUCCGUGCUGCAAGGCGUCUUCUUCUACAUGGGCAUUGCGAGCUUGACCGGCAACAACCUCUUCGACCGCUUGAAACUGUGGCUCAUCUGGGACUCCUCCAAGUACCCACAGUACCACUACGUUCGGAAGCUUCCCAUCCAGCGGGUGCACCUCUACACCCUCGUUCAGGUCAUUUGCCUUGCUAUCCUCUACGGCCUCAAGGCCAUCAAGGAGACCUCCGUGGUGUUCCCCUUCUUCAUGGCCUCCUUGGCGAUCAUCCGCAAGGGAAUGCGGUUCAUGUUCACCAAUGAGGAGCUGAAGGAGCUGGAUGGCCUCCCCGGCGUGGAGGAGGAAGAAGAGGAGGAGGCACCGAAGCCGGACCUGCUGAACUUGGACGGCAAGGAUGCCUCGGCUGAGGGCAGCAAGGACGUCUGA